CAAAAGCAAAGCAAGCCACGGUGGUUCCAUUACUGCAUUUCUUGCCCACUGGGUCUUUUGCCGCCUGCCAACCUUCUCGUCUCCAUCCCCCCUCUCAGCACGCUAUCGCGGGUCGAUCCUCUUCGUUGGAUCUUAUCACGGCGGCGCCUGUUCAUCACAUAAGCUGUUGCUGCUCCUGCUCCUGUUUGUUCCUCUCAUUUUUACUGGUGUGUUGCCGCUGCAGCCUCGACUCCUACAGGCUAUAAGUGCUAGGCCACACUUCCACCCCAGCCCCAAUCCCUCUGCGAACUGAAAGUUUCCUCUCUGUUUGUCUCUUCACCCCCUUCGACCAUUACCACUAGGAUGGUCUCUACUCCUACUAUCUCCCGCCAGCGACCGGGAUCCGCUUGUGAGGAAUGUCGUCGUCGCAAGGUUCGCUGUGACCGACGACGUCCCCAGUGUCAGGUCUGCUUCGAGACGGGCAUCGAGUGCAAAAUUAAUACGACAAGGCUACCCCGGGGACCCCGCAAGGGACAAUUACGGACCCUUCGCACACGCAUUGCCGCACUGGAACGAUGUCUGGCCGACCAACACCCCGAAAUCAACCAUCAGAUGGCCAGUAUCUUUGAGGGCACGGUCAUUGACUGCGACAGUGAAGAAGAUCCGCUACGAGACCUGCCUCCGCUGCCCGAUCCGAUGUCAGGCACGAUGCCCGAUCAGUCCAGUGAUGACCAUGACCGCCGGACUGGGACGCGAUCUCCGCGAUCGCCCGAAUCUCCGAACCGGCCUUCCAGCCUCGUGUCUGACUUGAUGCGAGCCGAUCUGUACGCUUCUCUUGGAUUGUUUGGAAUGUCCACUAACUUGUGCAGGGACCAACUCUACUUUGAUCGGGUGCACCCUUUUGCCCCUAUUUUGCAACGCUGGCGCUACCACACCUGGGCGAAGCAGCCCAAGAAGACGGAAGCGCAAACCUGCCUUCAGUAUGCCAUGUGGACGCUGGCGGCCAGUAUGUCGGCCCAAUUUCAGUCUCUCCGCGACCGGUUGUAUGCAGAGACGCGCCGGAUGCUCGACUCGCUGGACCUCCAAGGACCCCCUACGGAUACGGCGCCCGGGAUCGAGCCAGCACAGGCUUGGAUCCUCGUUUGCAUCUACGAGUACAUGCAGCAAUCGCCGCUGCAGGCAUGGAUGAGUACGGGGCGAUGUUGCCGGUUGGUCCUGGGGAUGCGACUGUACGAGCUGGAUGACCCGAAUAGUCCAGUGACUAUGGCGCGCGAGCACGAGACGGUGCUGGUGGACUGGAUUGGGCUGGAGGAGCAACGCCGGACGUUCUGGAUGGCCUACAGUCUGGACCGGUUUAUCAGUUUCCACAACGGGUUGCCGUUCACCUUGGAUGAACAGUUGAUCACUACACGCCUCCCUUGCCCGGAAGAAGACUUCCAAGCUGGACAGCCCACCCUGACAUCCUACCUGUCCGAUGUCAUGUCUCCUUCUGCCCCUACUUCUCCUAUUCCCACUGCAACCACCAUGCCCUCUCCCACUGUCUUUGGUCGAUCCUCUCACUCUCAAAUUCUUCUCCCUCACCCCCCACCACCUACUCCGACUGCCACUCCGACCCUCGGCCUCCCGGAUCCGCUCUCCUCCUUCACCGAACUCAUCCUCAUCGCCACCAUCGUCGGCCGCGCUCUCACCCACCGCCAAACCGUAGCCGUCGAACAAAUCCACCCGCCCAACUUCACUCAUCUCCCCUCGGACAACUUCUGGACGCGACACAACUAUCUACACGAACUGCUCACCUACCGCAUUGCCACUUUGUCCAGCUAUCCGCAUGUUGAUCCCAUGCUGAUGUUCGCCCGCAUCGUGGCCCAAAGCAUGGUUCUGUUCCUGCACAGUGUGCUCGAGAGCAUUACCUGGAAAUCCGGGGAUCACUUGCUGGGGAUCAUUGAUUUUGAGCGGGUAUGUGUCCUGGCGGCACACGAAGUAGUGGGGUUGGUGAAGAUGCAGGGGCAACUGGGGUACUUUAAGGUGCAUCCCCUUACGCCGAUCCCUCUGAUGAUGUGCACCGAGUUCCUCUCGUCGCACGGGUACCUCGAUCCGUCGUUCGAGAUGAUGAUGCAUGACCUGGUCGAGAGCCUGCAUGAUCUCGAUAGGGUGAAAAAUCCCGUGCAGAGUCCGCCGUUGUCGGUUCAAUAACAUCUAUCGUUGAUUUCUUUCGUUGUGUUGUUUCAGUUUGAUCUUGUCAUUCUUUUCAAGGGGUUAGGGUAUGGUACGGGUGCGUUUGGUGUAGUCGACUGGUCGGACUGGGAUAAGCGGGGAGUACUCGGGUUUCAUUCUUUGGACAUUGAUUGGAUUUUCGAAGCAGUUGCGAUAUGUCAUCUGCGAACUUUGAUAAAAGGUUAAUUACUAUACCAUUUGCUAAUGGUAUCAUCCGUGCUGGUUCAUGGCGGGGAAGCGCAGAAGAGAGGAAGCAGAAAGAGAAAGUAGACGAACAAGAAACCUACUUUCUCGUGAGUCAAAUAGAAAGAUAAUAUAAUUUACAAUCCCAUUAUUUAAUCCACUUCAACCCAUUC